GAAUUUUGAAUUGCCUUGAAACAAAAUGGGAAAAAGAAAAUCUUCCAAUCCAAGAAAAGUUAUUGGUGUUCUUACUGCAGAAGAAGAGGAAGAGGAAGAAAGAUUCUUAAGCAUACUCAGCAAGGAACAUGAUGAUGAUUAUGAAGAUCAGUUGCUGUAUUAUGCAUAUAACAUUGAUGAUGAUGAUGAAUUACCAGAUGAUGGACAUUCUGUAUUUGAUAUGGAAGUUGACAAUGUCUCUGAUGAGAUUGCUGAUGGACAUGGAUUUAUUCCAAAUAUUUUUGACAGAAGAGAAAAUGAUACUUUUAGUAAUGAUUCUUUGGGAGAUGGUGGUAGUUCCAGUGAUCCUGAAUAUCUUCCAAAUCGUCAAAGUCAGGGAAAAGGAAGAAGAAGAAAUCGUCUUGCACAAAGACAAAAUUUUUCAAAAUUAGUUAGAACACCUCCAAUAUUUAAUAAUAUGUCUCCUCCAAGUGGAUUACAUUUAAUUAAUAGAACUGCUGACAUUGUUUCUGCUUACAGUUCACCAGCUGGUGGAAGUAGUGGAGAAAGUGCUUGUGGUACUAGAUAUAUGGUUAGAAGACAUUAUGUAACAUACCCUCCCACAUUUAAAUUAGCUGUAGUUAACUAUGCAGAAAAAAAUGGAAUUAGUGCAGCAUCUGCAAAAUAUGAAAUUGAUCAACCAAAAGUUACACUCUGGUGUAAAGUAAAAGAUAAUAUAAUAAGGAGGAUUAUUAAAAAGGGAUUAGAUAAGAAUCUUGCAUCUGGAGAAACUGAAGAUUCUAAUAGUCAAGAUCAUCAGGUUUCUUCAUCUUCUGAUAUUGCAGUUACAGACAAUAUAGAUGAUUUAAAAAAUAUAACUUUAACAAAUUCCAGGGAAAAAUUUUGUUGCAAAAUGAAAGAACUUACAUCUCAAGAAAUAUCAUUCCAAGAAGAUAAAACAUCAAGUUGGGAAAUUGAUGUUUUUGUAAUAAUCAGAAAACAGUUAAUUGAAGGGAAUGAAGUAAAAGUAAAAGAUCUUGUUGAGAAAAUGAAAGAAAUGCAUCCUUCAAUUACUUAUAAAGAUGGUUCAGAAUUACCUCAAGUUUUAAUUAUAGAGUGGUGUCGAAAAUUUGGUGUUCAUUUUAUUACGGAAGACUACUGUAAAACAUGUGGAAUUCCUGAGAACUUAAAAGAAGAUACUCAACUAGCUUUUGAUAAGCCAGCAGUUACCAAACCAUCUUCAGGAAGGAGGCGAUUAUAUCCACCUGUUGCCUUUAAACUUCAGGUGGUAAAAUUUGCUCUUAGUCACUCAAAAUCAGCAGCAGCCAGAAAAUUUUCAGUUGAUAGAAAACAAGUUAGCCAUUGGGUAGCUGAUAAAGAUCGAUUAGAAAAAUUACUUGACAUGAGUGAUACCACUAAUAAGCCUGUUUUAGAAGACGUCAAUGAUGAAAUAUGGGAAUGGUAUCGAGAAAUGGAGGAUAAAGGAGAAGAAACAACCAAAGAAAUGAUAUGUGCACAAGCAGAAUAUUUUUUUAAAAGAAGAGGAUGUACUAGUUUUACAGCUAGUGAUGAUUGGUAUAGACAGUGGUGUGUAGCUAGAAAUUUUAGAAAUUCUCAAAAAGAAGAGGAUCAUUGUGUAGAGGAAACAAAACUUGGUGUGUUAAAUUCAAAAUCUACAAGUUCAAACAAAUUGGAAGUAGAUAGGAAACAAAUAUUUGAGUGGGUGACAAAAGAAAAUUUUCUUCUUAAUGAAAAGGAUAAUAAUCCAGUAUUAGAAGAAGUAAAUGAUGAAGUGUGGGAAUGGCUUAGGAUACAACAAAAGAAAGGAAAACAAGUUACAAAACGAAUGCUAUGUACACAGGCAGAAGUCUUCUGUAGUAAAUUAGGUUAUAAUUUCUUUGCCAAUGAUGAAUGGUAUAAGCAUUGGUGUGAAGUAAGAAAAUCAAAAGGUUGUCAAGUUGAAGAUAUUAUUGAAAAUAUAGAGCCUUGUGUAGAUGAUGAUGGAAAUAAAGAAACUUACAAUACAUCUGUUACGGAUAAACAGUCGGAAAACAAGCAGUAUUCAGUCCUAACAUUUGAAAAUAGUGCCUUGUCAGAUAAUAUAGCUACCAGUGAUGCAACAGAAGAUAAUUAUUCUGAUUAUACUGCUGUAAAGAGGAUAAGAUUGAAUAAUGAAGAUGAACAAAAUGCAUUUCCUCAGUCUAAUGAACCAGUUUGUGAAGAAGAAGAAAAAUGUAAAGCGUAUCCUGUUGGAAUAUUUAGUAACACAGCUACUCAAAAACUAACAGUACAAGAUUUAUUGAAAUAUAAUCAUGAAUUAAGUAUUAAAGAUAAUACUGAUACAGAGAAUGAUGAUGAUGAUCCAAUUGCUGUAGAAGAUUUAGAUUAUUUAUUUACAUCACCAAGGAAAAAAGGUGCUCAGUAUCCUCCAGAAUUCAAAGAAAGAGUUGUAAAGUUUGCUUCAAAAACCAACUAUAAAAAAGCAGCCAGAAAAUUUGGGGUACAUCAUGCAACAGUUUCAGUAUGGUGCAAAGAAAAAGAGAGGGAGAAAUUAGCAACAUCAGCUACAAAAGAUCCAGAAGGUAAUGGUAAGUCAGCAGAGGAAAAAUUUUUAGUCUGGAUUCGUGCGUGUAAUGAAGCAAGUGUUAAUAUUAAACAUACUGAUGUGAGAGAAAAAGUCAAAGAAAUAAUUGAUUCUGUUGGUGAAAAUGAAGUUGAAAGAACUUGCAAGUGGUUCUAUUUAUGGUAUAAAACUAAAAUUUUACGUGAAGGUUGUAUAGAAUAUGGAUUAGCAGAUCUGAUUUAUCCUCCAUCUUGGAAAAUUGAAGUGCUUAAAGUUGCCCAACGUCAGAGUUGUAAUUCUGCUGCUAAUUGUUUUUUUAUAUGUCGUAAACAAGUAGUUGAAUGGAUGAAAAACAUUGAUCGACUUCAAAAACUUGCAGAAAAUGGACAUACUAAAACUGGGUCUGGGAGAAAUGCAUUAUCAGCAGAUGCAGAUAGAGAGAUUUGGGAAUGGUAUGAAUCGUGUAAAGCUCGAGGUUGUACACCAAAGUCCAGGGAAAUUAGGAUAAAAGCAGUGGAAAUUUUUAGAAAACAUGGCCAUUAUGGUGCCAAGGGAAGUGCUGGUUGGUAUAAAAGAUGGCGUAAGCGGUUUGGAGUUCCAGUACAGUCUCAAUUAGAAACUGAAGGUGAUAAUCACAAAGUUGCCUCAGAAGGAGUUUAAUAGAGAGGGGAAAUAAUCUUGUUUGAUUUAUAUUUUUAUCUCAGUGAAAAACCAUGGUUUGAAUAUUCAGUCUAUAUGGUUGUCCCAGUGAACAAUAUAGUGAUCUGAAUGAGAAAAAUUUAGUCUGCGUAUCAACAAAGUUACAGGGUUUUAUAUUGUGUUUGUGCUGCUUUUUUGUGGUAAAAUGGCCAGUAGAGCCAAAUUUAUGCAAUGUAGCCAGCAAAUAUAAUAAGAAAGACAAAGUAUAUGUAAUAGUGAGGCCUUUGCAUUUGUUACAUUCCAAAUUACGCACUAAUUCAUCUGUGAAUUCAUCCAUGCCAUACUUUCCAUAGGUUCAACAUUAUCAUUUAGAAUCACCACUGUAAAAAACAUUAGAAUUUCAACAACGACAGAAUGAAGCAGAUAGAAAAAUGAAUAUUCAAUUUCAAAGUCGUAUUAUUUGAUAAUACCUUUGUCUAACAAAUGAUGAUUUCUAUACAAGUGGAAGUUAUAUUAAUCUGCAUAAUAAGAUAAGUUUUAAUAGAACAAGAAAUUUUUGCAUGUCAGAUAUAUAUUAAAAAAAUGCAGUUAUUCUACAAAAGUG